GACAAAGGAGAUGUCAAAAUGGGAAAUGGACUUUGUGACAUUUCUUUUGUCUUUUGGUCUGUCAAGCAAGAAUUCGCCAGCAAUGCUGGCAGGUGCUGGCGCAGUUUGCACGUGGCUUUAGAGAGCUUAGCAAGUCAACGCGAACCUCUCGAAUCGCUCAGAAACGGCGUUGACGUCCAAUCGCGCAGUACAUGAUACCGUAUGCUGCGCGCGCAUCUCAUUGGUCGUGACGUCAUAACCACUAAUGGCUUCUUCGAACCUGUGAUCAAUAGAAGGCCCAGCUUCCUCUAGAGGCCCCAGCGAUGGAAUACAAGUGUGAUUGCGUCCAACACAGAAAAACCUCGAUGUCGGGAAAAGAGGACGAGAACUCUAACAAGGAAAGGCCGAUUUCAUUCGAGUUCCCAGCUUUCCAAAAUCGUUUGAACGUGGACAUCAAUAAACGCAGAAUCAGGCCACCAAGAAACACCAAGCGUGCAAUACUGUCCCAGCCACACUUUGCCAUGCCCCCUGCGAGCCCCCCCAAAAAGAGUCCUCCGCCCGAGAAAAGCCCCGCUGAGAAGAGGAAAGAAAAGUUAGAAGACCCUGGCAUGUUUAGGCCACCUUGCAACGAACUGGAAAUAGAUAGUAAGGUUGCUUCUCUAAGGAAUAAGUUUGAAAGAAUGAGUUGGUAGAUAUUUUGAAAUGUGCGAUUCCAGAAAGAUCCUCACCGAAUUGUGCUUCUUUGUGCCUGGCUGUUCAUAAUGCCUUUCAAAAAUCCUUCAGUUUCGUAUUUGAUGUUCUCAUUUUCACUUUAUCUUUAAUCUGAUGCUAAUGUUGCAAUGGAGUGGCCAGCUAAAGGCCUGCCUCAAAGACCGUGAGAUCUUUGGCCUUGACUACAGUGUCUGAGGGAUACUUCGGGUAAAAAAUGAAUAUUUGUAAGCGUUUACUCUGCCUA